CUCAUGGGGCCCUGCCAGGCUGGGGAAGCCAUGGCAGCAACACGGGUCUGGAUUUCUCUCCUUGUGGGUCUCCUGGCAGGUCUGGCAGGCAUCGAGGCCCAGCCGGUCACUCUACACCCACUCGUGGGUCGCGUCUUUGUGCACACUUUGGACCAUGCCACCUUCCUUCGCCUCCCCGAGCAUGUCCCUGUCCCACCUUCCGUCCGCAUCACCUACCAGGCCCACCUGCAGGGACAUCCAGACCUGCCCCGAUGGCUCCGUUACACCCAGCGAAGCCCCCACAACCCCGGCUUCCUCUACGGCACUGCCACCUCAGAAGAUCGAGGCCGCCAGAUCAUCGAGGUAGUAGCCUACAAUCGGGACAGCUUUGAGACUACCCAGCAGAAACUGGUACUGCUGAUUGGAGACCCAGCAGGCCCCCUGUUGCCGUAUCAGGCUGAGUUCCUGGUACAGAGCCAUGAUGUAGAGGAAGUGUUGCCCUCGACACCUGCCAGCCGCUUCCUCACAGCCUUGCGGGGGCUCUGGGAGACAGGGGAGCUCCAGCUCAUCAACAUCACCUCUGCCUUGGACCGUGGGGGCCGCGUCCCUCUUCCCAUCGAAGGCCGAAAGGAAGGGGUGUACAUUAAGGUGGGCUCUACCUCACCUUUCUCUACCUGCCUGAAGAUGGUGGCGUUCCCGGACAGCCGCGCGCGCUGCGCUCAGGGCCAGUCUCCACUUCUGUCCUGCUAUGACACCUUGGCACCCCACUUCCGUGUUGCCUGGUGCAAUGUGUCCCUGGUGGACAAGUCGGUGCCUGAGCCUGCGGAUGAGAUGCCCGUUCCAGGUGAUGGGAUCCUGGAACACGACCCGUUCUUCUGCCCACCCACUGAGGCCACGGCCCGGGACUUCCUGACAGAUGCACUGAUCACCCUCCUGGUGCCCUUGCUGGUGGCCUUGCUGCUCACCCUGCUGCUGGCCUAUGUCAUGUGCUGCCGGCGGGAGGGACGACUGAAGAGAGACCUGGCCACCUCUGACAUCCAGAUGGUUCACCAUGGCACCAUCCGAGGGAAUACGCAGGAGCUGCGGCAGAUGGCAGCCAGCCGUGAGGUGCCCCGACCACUCUCCACCCUGCCAAUGUUCAACGUGCGCACAGGCGAGAGGAUGCCUCCCCGUGUGGACAGUGCCCAGGUGCCCCUCAUCCUGGACCAGCACUGAAGACCAAGUCAGGUGGGUCCGGCU